AUGUUUGAGGACUUCGUGCAAACCUCAGGCCACGAUCUGAUGAAGUUUGACAUCCGAGUGCGAAAGUUCAACCGAACAAUGGCCGUACUGAACGGGACCGCUUACCUACGUGUACCAGCAGAUGACUCGUACGUGGCGUCGGCAGUUCAAAUAACGUUCGAGGAUUUCGUGCAAACUUUGGGCCGGGAUUAUGUACUGCUGGAUCUGCGCGUGAGGAAGUACAAUCGAACAUUGGCCGUACUGAACGGCACGGUGGAUUUUCUCACGCCGCAGUAUAACAUUCUAAAGUUCCGUGUCGAUAUCUUUCACAGCAGAUUGGGCAACCAGCAGUUCAACCACUACCCAAUGAAGCUACCAACACAAGGUGUAUGUGACUUUUUGGAGCUACUGUAUGAGCGCUAUUCGGAACAGAUUGCCAAAUUUGCAUUGGCCGUUCAAAUGAUGUUCGAGGAUUUUGUGCAAACUUUGGGCCAGGAAGAAGUACUGUUUAAUCUGCGUGUUAGGAAGUACAAUCGGACAUUGGCCGUACUGAACGGCACGGUGGAUUUUCUCACUUCGCUUACCAAACCCGUCCAGUUCCGUGCCGAUUUCUUCCACAGUAGAUUGGGCAACCAGCAAUUCAAUCAUUACCCAAUGAAGCUACCAACACAAGGUGUAUGCGAUUUUUGGGAUCUUCUGUAUGAACGCUACCCGGAACAGCUAGCUAAACUUGUGAACCCUCCACCGAAAGGCGAGUGUCCAGUUGCCCGACGACAGAUGCACGUGCUGGACUUGGCUUUUCCUCCCGAAGUCAUACCACCGGUGGUGCCUAAAGGAUUGUGGAAAGCGGUUCUUACGGGAUCCGUUAAUAACACUGAGGUUAUUAGUUACUACUUGGUUUGGCGGGCACUCGACUGGUUAUGA